AAAGGCAGAGCCCUGCCUCCGACGAGCGGCGACCAUGCCUCAGCUCUCGGGGGCCGGAGGCGGCGGCGAUCCGGAACUCUGCGCCACCGACGAGAUGAUCCCUUUCAAAGACGAAGGCGACCCCCAGAAGGAGAAGAUCUUCGCGGAGAUCAGCCACCCGGAGGAGGAAGGAGACUUGGCCGACAUCAAGUCUUCGCUGGUGAACGAGUCGGAAACCACCCCGAAUAGCAAUGGGCACGAGGUAUCCAGGCAAGUCCAAGCUCAGGAAUCUUACCAUGAGAAGGGCAGAGACCAUCCUGAAGAAGGAAAACACACAGAUGGCGGUUUAUACAGUAAAGGACCUUCUUACUCCAGUUAUUCUGGGUAUAUUAUGAUGCCAAAUAUGAAUAAUGAUCCAUACAUGUCCAAUGGAUCUCUUUCUCCGCCCAUACCUAGAACAUCAAACAAAGUACCAGUUGUCCAGCCUUCCCAUGCAGUUCAUCCUCUCACCCCACUUAUCACCUACAGCGAUGAGCACUUUUCUCCAGGAACGCAUCCUUCACACCUUCCCUCCGAUGUCAACUCAAAACAAGGCAUGUCCAGACAUACUCCAGGUCCUGAUAUGCCCACCUUCUAUCCUUUGUCUCCUGGUGGUGUUGGGCAGAUAACGCCACCUCUUGGCUGGCAAGGUCAGCCUGUAUAUCCCAUCUCAAGUGGAUUCAGGCAGCCCUACCCAUCCUCACUUUCAGUCGACACUUCCAUGUCCAGGUUUUCACAUCAUAUGAUUCCUGGACCCCCGGGACCUCACACAACUGGAAUUCCUCAUCCAGCUAUUGUAACGCCUCAUGUCAAACAAGAGCAUCCGCACACAGACAGUGACUUAAUGCACGUGAAGCCUCAGCAUGAACAGAGGAAAGAACAAGAGCCCAAAAGACCUCACAUUAAGAAACCUCUGAAUGCUUUCAUGUUAUACAUGAAAGAGAUGAGAGCGAACGUUGUAGCAGAGUGUACUCUGAAAGAAAGUGCAGCUAUCAACCAGAUUCUCGGCAGAAGGUGGCAUGCACUGUCUCGCGAAGAACAAGCUAAAUAUUAUGAACUAGCUCGGAAAGAAAGGCAACUACACAUGCAGCUUUACCCAGGCUGGUCUGCAAGGGACAAUUACGGAAAGAAAAAGAAAAGGAAGAGAGAGAAGCUACAAGAGUCAACAUCAGGUGCAGCCCCCAGAAUGACAGCUGCCUACAUCUGAAGCAUGGUGGAAAGAGAAACGCUUUUUCGACGUGCAAAGCAAAAGCAGCAACAUCAGGGCCCCUUCUUGAAAUGGAAGCUUGUUAAAUUUCCAGGCAUGUCCUUCAUCUGCACGGACCACCACUAAGGAGUAUGUCUUGGAUGUCUAAACUUGCCCUACUGUCACUGCUAAAGACACUGAACCAUAAAGACAAUCACUGCCACGUCCUUUCGCUACCACGGACC